GAUCGCGCUCCUGGCGGGGGUUCAGGUUCCCGCGCACCCGCGUCCAGACCGCGCCCCAGGGCCUCAGGGCCUUUAGGUUUUCGCGGCCCAGUAGAGGGUGAUUGGUUUUGUUUUGUGUUUUUCCCUGGCUGAUGUAGUGAAAACUCAACCAUGCUGGCUAAUUAGCGCAGUGUGAGAAGCCUCAGGAGGGGGCUCUGCCUUCCUGCGCAAGUUUGGGGAACUGAAGUGAGCUAAAAUGGCCUGGGAAGUAUUGAGAGACCCUUUAUUAGGAAGCUACCCCCAUAACCUCCCUUUCUCUCCUGAUUUCAUUUAUAGUAAGUAUUUCGUAGGUAGACAUCUUGAACUCUAUUUCAGUGCCUUUUUUCUAGCGAAGCACUAGGCACUCAUUGAGAACAGUAUAUAUGAAUUGUUAAGAGACUUCAGUUUCUUUAAGGGUUUUCUGUAAUUUUCCUGAUGAAAGGGCCUUGUUAGAAGACUUCUGGUUACCACCUUUCAGGGCUUUUAUACACAUCUGCACAUCCCCUACCCGCUUUUGCAUACUGUGUAAGCAAGUGAGUUAACUGUACUUGCCAUUGAUUUAUUUCCAUUCCGCAAACAUUAGAGCAGUACAAGCCUCUGGGAAAAUGGAGAAGAGUCCCCGGAAGGGUGGAUCCAGGGAUGAGACCCAGCUCUGCUCUCGUGCAUGAACAGUUAAUCAAUUGUUGAUUGUGUAGGCAGCAAUGAAAGGAUGUGGAGAAGAUAGUGCACUUGUAAAUAAAAAUGCAAGGAUAAACAUUAGUUGUAUGCACAAAGAUCUUUUAAUGACGGGGUGAAAUUUGAAAGUGAGUCUUCCUGAUGUUUAAGUGGUAUUGAGUGUGGAAAGGCUUCAGGAUGAAUUUGGGAUUUCAGGAGUUUGAAGUAGGAUGAAGUGCUUAGACGUCAAAAAAUGUUAGAGCUGAUAGGGGCCUUAAGAAUCAUCUUAUUGUACCCCUAGCCUUUUAAAAAAGCAUUAUUUGAAGAAUGGUUAUUGACCCCACCCCCACCCCCCACAUCAUGGGCUAGACUGCUGCUUUUGUUAGACUGCUGCCAGAAACAGCCUUGUCAAGGUAGCACAACCGAGGUCUUCUGACUUUCAAUUUAGUGCCCUUAUGACUACCGUGCAGAGAAUGAAUGUUGUAGGUUUGAGGGAAAACUUGGCACAUUUGGAGUCCCAUUUCCCACCAAAAUCUAACAGAAACCACCUAUCCCAGCAGGGUAUUGUGAAUACUUACUUCUUUUCUAAAAUCAUCGCAGAAUGGGCCGAGCGCAGUGGCUCACGCCUGUAAUCCCAGCACUUUGGGAAGCUGGGUGGAUCACCUGAGACUAAGAAAAAUGGCUUUGUCAGCCCAACAGAUACCCAGAUGGUUUAACUCAGUUAAGUUGAGGAGCCUCAUUAAUGCUGCACAACUCACAAAACGUUUUACUAGACCAGCAAGAACAUUGUUACAUGGCUUUUCUGCUCAGCCUCAGAUAUCCUCUGACAGUUGCUUUCUCCAGUGGGGAUUUAAGACUUACAGGACUUCCUCCUUAUGGAAUAGUUCCCAGUCUACUAGCUCAAGUAGUCAGGAGAAUAAUUCUGCCCAAAGCAGUCUGCUUCCUUCCAUGAAUGAACAGUCACAGAAGACACAAAAUAUAUCCAGCUUUGAUUCUGAGCUGUUUCUAGAAGAACUGGAUGAAUUGCCUCCAUUGUCUCCAAUGCAGCCAAUUUCAGAGGAAGAGGCUAUUCAGAUUAUUGCAGACCCUCCAUUGCCACCAGCUUCAUUCACACUUCGAGACUAUGUGGAUCAUUCUGAGACUCUGCAGAAGUUGGUUCUUCUAGGCGUGGAUUUGUCCAAGAUAGAAAAACAUCCAGAAGCAGCAAACCUCCUUCUGAGACUGGAUUUUGAAAAAGACAUUAAGCAAAUGCUUCUGUUUCUUAAAGAUGUGGGUAUAGAGGAUAACCAGCUGGGAGCAUUCCUGACAAAAAAUCAUGCAAUUUUCUCUGAAGACCUUGAAAAUCUGAAGACCAGGGUGGCUUAUCUGCAUUCAAAAAAUUUCAGUAAAGCAGAUGUUGCACAGAUGGUCAGAAAAGCACCAUUUUUGCUGAACUUUUCAGUGGAAAGACUGGAUAACAGAUUGGGAUUUUUUCAGAAAGAACUUGAACUUAGUGUGAAGAAGACUAGAGAUCUGGUAGUUCGUCUCCCAAGGCUGCUAACUGGAAGUCUGGAACCCGUGAAAGAAAAUAUGAAGGUUUAUCGUCUUGAACUUGGUUUUAAACAUAACGAAAUUCAACAUAUGAUCACCAGAAUCCCAAAGAUGUUAACUGCAAAUAAAAUGAAACUUACCGAGACAUUUGAUUUUGUGCACAAUGUGAUGAGCAUUCCCCACCACAUCAUUGUCAAGUUCCCACAGGUAUUUAAUACAAGGCUGUUUAAGGUCAGAGAAAGACACUUGUUUCUUACCUAUUUAGGAAGAGCACAGUAUGAUCCAGCAAAACCUAACUACAUCUCUUUGGACAAACUAGUAUCUAUUCCUGAUGAAAUAUUUUGUGAAGAGAUUGCCAAAGCAUCAGUACAGGACUUUGAAAAAUUCUUAAAAACGCUUUAGAUUUUUAUGUAUGUUAAAAUGCAGUAUUGUAAAGUGAAUAUAUAUAUGAAUAAAUGAAUGUAUUUUUAAA